AUGAAUACUGAACUUCUUUCUUUGGCGAACGACCCCGCCAUUCUGGUGCGUCUCUGCGAUAUCCGGACUCUGCCGUCAACGGACGCACUCGUCACGAAAGCCGAAAGGAUCCUUGCGGCGGAAGAGAUUUCCUCGGCUCUCAGGUAUCGGCAGGAGGACGACAAGCGAAUGGCUCUGUGCAGUCGUCUGCUGCAACAACAGUUACUCUGCAGUCACUCCUCGAGACAUCGGGGCAUUCGCUCCGUCUCAGAUCUACUCCGAGCCAUGGACUCCCAGUGCGUAGGCAGAGAGCGGCCGUACGUCUUUGGCGGAGCGAGCGGCAUCGGCGAGGAAGAGAAGCUGAGACGCUUCAUGAAAAUCUGGACGAUGAAGGAGGCCUUUGUGAAGGCCCUUGGGACAGGGGUGUACGUCGAUCCAGCGCGACUCGAGUGCGUCUUGCCCGAGUUUGACUCUCCGGAAGCGUGCACGCCCGCGCCGUCUCUCGCGUGCCCAUACACCCCGGAAUAUGACUUGAGCACGGACACGUACGCUUUCUCUCCGGCGAAAACAGCCGGUCCGAGUGUCGCGUUGAGCUCCGGAGGUUCCACUUCCGCUUCCACCCAAGAAACAUUCAAAUCGCUGAGUCUGGAGUCUGAGGAGGACACCGGAAAGGAGAGAAAGAUCGUGCGCAUCCUCAUGGAUGGAGAAGAGCAAAAGGAUUUCGGAUUCGUGUGGCUGGAUGCGACCGUCGCGCCGGGGUUUGUCAUUUGCGUCUGCUGGGGCCCCGUGCAGGCGGCACAAAAGAAAUACCUGGAGUGCAUGCCCGAGCGAGAACGCGAGGCAAUAAAAUCAACCACGGCCAGGCGAAUCAGCAGGGACCCGGAAUUGCCAAAGCGUUUCUCGUGGGACGAAGCUCUCCCUUCGAACAACGGGGGCGGCAACAGUACGUUCCCCGCGGCGUCACGCCUUCCGCGGUUCGACGUUCGCUGGGUGUCGGGAGAAACUCUCCUUCAAGAGCUGCAUACCACGUCUGGCUCCAGCAAUGAUCCGGAACCGAAUCUCCGGCUGGCUUGA